AUGGGCAGUCAUUUGGAAAAUCAAUUAAAAAAAAAACUACAGGAUUUCCUAGCUUCCCCCCUUUGUAAAGAAUCUUAUGAUGAACUUUCUAGCGUAAUAUCAGUAGUUGGUUUACUUGAGUUAUUACUUAAUUCAAAUGAUAUUGAUGAUAUUACUCUAAUAACUGAGGUUUUAAAGCGUUUGACCAUAUUAGGAGCUCUGGAUGAUGUUAUUUUUGAUAUGCCUAAUGCUAUAGAGAUGCUGGAGAAGGGAUCCAAAUCUCAGGUAGAAUGCAUUAGAUUAUUGGUAGCUUUUAUUUUAAACUCGCUUUCUAUGAAUGAUUUAAAAUGCAAAAAGGCUUGUGAAAAAGGAUUUUAUUCAAUACUGGGAUUAUUAUUAAGAGAUAUAGAUAUAUCGAUAGGAGAGUCAGCAUCAAAGACAUUAAAGUCUAUUUCAAAAAUUAAUCCAGAAUAUGUUUAUGACCAGGAAUUGAUCAAUAAAUUACUUAAAAAUUUUAAAUUACUGAAAGAUGAAACCAGAUUGAGAAUUAUUGAUACUUAUAUAUCAAUAGGCUCAAUUUCUGAGGAUUUGUUCAACAAAUGUCAAGAAAAAGGUGAAUUCUACUCACUAGCUUUAAAGGAAUAUUUUACAGAAGAUAUAUUGUUAAAGUUGGUAUCAAUGAAAUUAUUAGAAGAUCUAGGUGAAUACAGUUGGGGAGUAAAAUUUAUAAUAAACAAUUCAACCCCAGAAUUAUUAAUUGAUGAUCUUAAUAAUCCAAUGUUUGAUGAUGAAAUAAAAAUAUCUAUAGUUUAUUUAUUAUCAAAAAUGAUAAAUAACAAUCCUGAAAUGUCAAAAAAAAUAUUCACAAUGUCAGGGAAUUCAUUUAUUCAAACUCUCAAAGAGUUCAUGGGGUCUUAUAAUAGUAUAACCUGUAGUGAGAAUCAUUUAAAAUCUGUCUGUGCAAUCAACUGUUGGGGACUUUUUACUUGUAGUUUAAUAAGUUUCCAAAAUUUAAUGGACAUUUGGGAAGGUUCUUUUCAACAAAUGCUCAAACUGGUGUCGAAUUCAAAAUCCGAGAUUUCUCUUUCUAGUUUGAAUUCUUGGGUAACAUUCUUUGAGAGUAAGGAUAUAAAAGAAAUACUUAACCAAACUAAAACAAGCUUUGGAUUAAAACAAGCUAUUGAAACUCAGCUUUUACCCACUAUUAUUUCUGAUUUAAUUUCAAAGCCCUUCCCAGAAAAUAGGACACUAAUUUAUAGAAUUUUAACAUUAAUGAUUCCAAAUUUUCCAAAUAUAACAUCAAGUUUAAUUUCUAAUCAUAAAAUUAGGCAUCUUUUUUUGAAUCCAAAUAGCGACUCAAAUAAGGAUAUUUUGUAUAUCAAGUAUGAUCUUGUUAAGCAAAUGGUGAAAUUUGAUCAAAGUGCUAUUAAUAGUCUUUCUGACCCCAAUUUCAGCUCAUCUUUGGAAGAAUAUGUUAAAGUUGGGCCCUUUUAUAAAUCUCAUUCUGCUGAAAUGCAAAUUCAGGACCUAACCGUUUAG